AUCUGCAACUUGCUUUUUCUCUCCUCAAAAUUGGGUUUACCCCACCAAUAACCCACCACCUUCACAUUCACCUAGGACUUCCCCCACUUUCUUAAUGCAAUAAAAUCGGGAUAAUGUUCAAACUCUAAAGUCCCUUCUCUCUCUCUCUCUCUCUCUCUCUCUCUCUCUCUCUCUCUUCGUUUCCAUUUUCUUCUAUGUUCCUUCUUCUUCUUCAUUUGACUUGUGCUGCUGUUCUUACAAUAUAGAACAAGACUCAGUUCUCAAUCAUUUGGUUUAUAAAUGUCAUCAGAAUUACAGAAUUUGUUGAUUUGACGUUGUGAAUAGUGAAGUUUGUAGGUUGAAUACAUAGUUUUUUUUUCUCUCUUGAUAUUUAAGCUAUCUUUGGGGCUUAUUUUUCCCCCGGAAAAUGAUGAUGAUGUUUGAUGAGAUUGCUCUAUCUGGUGAUCUGGAUGUGUUUUCGGCUCCCAUAGUUGAGGAGAAUAUUACCGCCCGGCAAACUGAACCUGAGGCGAUUGUUGAUGAAGAUUUCAGUGAUGAAGAAAUUGAUGUUGAAGAACUCGAGAGGAGGAUGUGGAAGGAUAAAAUGCGUCUCAAGCGAUUAAAGGAGCAAGUCAAGCCCAAAGACGGACUUGAUGCUGCCAAGCAGAGGCAAUCUCAAGAACAGGCAAGGAGGAAAAAGAUGUCGAGGGCUCAAGAUGGAAUCUUGAAGUACAUGCUGAAAAUGAUGGAGGUUUGUAAGGCUCAAGGAUUUGUUUACGGGAUAAUUCCCGAGAAAGGAAAGCCAGUAACUGGGGCAUCGGAUAAUCUCCGUGAAUGGUGGAAGGAUAAGGUAAGGUUUGAUCGCAAUGGUCCUGCUGCCAUAUCCAAGUACCAAGCAGAUAAUGCGAUUCCGGGGAAGAACGAUGGAGGCAAUCCGAUCGGUCCAACCCCUCACACCUUGCAAGAGCUGCAGGACACAACCUUGGGUUCUCUCUUAUCAGCACUGAUGCAACACUGUGAUCCCCCUCAGAGGCGGUUUCCAUUGGAGAAGGGUGUUCCUCCUCCAUGGUGGCCAACAGGUGAUGAAGAGUGGUGGCCCCAAAUCGGUUUACCGAAAGAUCAAGGUCGUCCGCCUUACAAGAAACCUCAUGACUUGAAGAAGGCGUGGAAGGUUGGAGUUCUGACUGCUGUUAUCAAGCACAUAUCUCCUGACAUUGCAAAAAUUCGCAAGCUUGUGAGGCAGUCCAAAUGCCUUCAAGAUAAAAUGACGGCUAAGGAAAGUGCAACCUGGCUUGCAAUUGUCAAUCAAGAGGAGGCGAUAGCGCGAGAGCUUUAUCCUGAUUAUAUCCCCCCAUUCACAUCAAUUGGAGGAAACGGAUCUUAUGCUACCAAUGACGGCAGCGAGUACGAUGUUUAUGGGGGAGACGAUGGGCCAAAUUUUGAUGUGGAGGAACGGAAACCUGAGACUCUUCUUCAUGCAUCCAACAUCGGGAUGAUGGAGAGAAUGACAGGCGUAAGACUGCCAAUUCAGCAGCCUUCUUUUGCAGUGAAUGGACAGGCUGUAACAAACAUGGAUUUCAUGCGGAAGAGGAAGAUCUCUGGUGAAUUUAACAUAAUGAUGGAUCAGAAAGUUUUUACUUGCGAAUACUCUAUGUGUCCUUAUAGCGAAGUUCGUAUUGGUUUUCAAGACAGAACUUCUCGAGACAAUCAUCAAUUAAAUUGUCCAUAUAGAGGCACUUCAUCAGAUUAUGGUAGUCAAAGUUUUCAUGCUGAUGAGGUAAAACCAUUACUAUUCCCUCAGUCCUUUGUUCAACCGAAACCUGCUACUCAGUCGAUUAAUAUGGUUGUUCCACCAUCCAUUGAUCUAACUGGACUCGGAGUUUCAGAAGAUGUUGAGAAAAAUAUUGGUGACCUUAUGACAGUGUAUGAUACAGAUGUUCAUCAAGAUAGCAGGAAUAAUUUAAGUUCCGGUAAUCACAUAGCUCCGGUGUUAAAUCAGAACAUACUGCAACCUAUCAGGAUUCAGCAGCAGCAACCUCAGAAUUUCUUCCGCGGUCAGGGAAUGGUGAUGGAUGGAAACUUGUUUGAAGAAACCAACAUGUCAAAUAAUAACCAUCAUCACAACAUGUUUGCAAGAGAUGAAACUCAAUUUGACCGGUUCAAAGCUUUGAAUUCUCCCUUUGAGAACAAUCACAAUCACAAUCACCAUCACAACAACAACAAUAAUAAUUUCCAUUUAAUGUUUGGGUCCCCUCAGUGUGAUUUAACAUCCUUUGAUUUUAAGGAGGAUAUGCAUGUCCUUGGAGUAAGCAUUGAUCCUAUUCAAAAACAGCAAGAUAUUUCAAUAUGGUACCAGUGAAUUUGACAACUGGAAUCAUCUGCAUACUUUAUCAUGAACAAGUCUUUUUAUUUUCUUUUUCAAAGGUUUGGCCACCCAUAUCAUUCAUGUGAAGUUUCCCUUUAGGCCAAAAAGGUGUUACUGAAAUUUUCUUCACAUGUAAUUCUCUAGGUUAGGAAAACUAGAUUUUAUUUUUAUGCUUCUUAUUUUAGGUGUAUGAUAUGGGAUUAUAAUAAUAAAAGCUUGUGUUCCAACAAUAAUAAUAAAUGGAGACCUCUAUGGUUUUGCGAUUUGGAUUCGGUACGGUCACCGAUUGCAUGCAGUUGUUCAAUCACAGCUUCUUAACUGUCCUACCUUGAUCAAUGACUGCACGCAGUUAUGCAGUCAAUGACCGCAUAGAAUCCGGAUCCAUGGUUUUGUUUUGCUUAGUUUAGUUUGUUAUUCCAUAUUAUGUAAGACUUUUGUUGUAAUAUAAAUAAUAUUUUAUAAGAUUUGGUUACACCA